CCUCAACCCCCAUAAAAGGGCCCUGUACUCCUGUAUAGGGCUGAGGUCACACGUGUGUUGGCUAGUUGAGAAGAGGGCAGCACCAAAAAAGGAAACGAAGGAUCCAUCACAAACAACUGAGAGUCCAGAUGAAGAAGAAGCAAACAGAAAUACGACCAGACCUCAAGAGUUGUGAUGUCCAGACUCAGACAGAGGAGCAGCAGGGUGCUGAGGAGGGGAAACUGGCCGCAGAGGGACAGGAGGAGGGUGCUGAGGGGGGGAAGCAGCGGCCAGGCUCUGACAUGAUCUACACCAUAGAGGAUGUCCCGCCGUGGUACCUCUGCAUUCUACUGGGCCUCCAGCACUACCUGACAUGUUUCAGCGGGACCAUCGCUGUGCCCUUCCUGCUGGCGGAGGCCAUGUGUGUGGGACAAGACCAGUACACGGUCAGUCAGCUGGUGGGAACCAUCUUCACCUGCGUGGGAAUCACCACAAUCAUACAGACCACAUUUGGAGUCAGGUUACCUCUUUUCCAGGCCAGUGCUUUUGCCUUCCUCAUCCCUGCCCAAGCCAUCUUAGGGCUGGAUAGAUGGAAAUGUCCCCCUCAAGAGGAGAUUUAUGGGAACUGGAGUCUUCCUCUGAACACCUCCCACAUCUGGCACCCAAGGAUAAGAGAGAUCCAGGGUGCCAUCAUAGCGUCCAGUGUGGUGGAGGUGGUCAUCGGGCUGGUGGGUCUCCCUGGUCUCCUGCUGGACUACAUCGGGCCCCUGACCGUCACCCCCACCGUGUCCCUCAUCGGCCUGUCUGUAUUCCAGACCGCUGGGGACAGAGCCGGGUCUCACUGGGGCCUCUCAGCACUGUCCAUCUUCCUCAUCGUGCUGUUUGCUCAGUAUCUGAGGAACUGGUCCUUCCCUCUCCCCUCCUACAACAGAAAGAAAGGCUUCAGCACCGCCAGGGUUCAGAUCUUUAAGAUGUUCCCGAUCAUCAUGGCCAUCAUGUUGGUGUGGUUGCUAUGUUACAUCCUGACCCUGACCGAUGUGCUGCCCAGUGACCCCAGCAGGUACGGACAGAAGGCACGCACAGACGCCCGUGGUGACAUCAUGACCCUCUCCCCCUGGUUCCGGGUCCCCUACCCCUGUCAGUGGGGGUUGCCCACGGUGACCAUCGCUGGGGUGCUGGGCAUGUUCAGCGCCACACUAGCUGGUAUCGUAGAGUCUAUCGGGGACUAUUACGCCUGUGCCCGGCUCUCAGGGGCACCUCCUCCACCUGUCCAUGCCAUCAACAGGGGUAUCUUCACAGAGGGGGUGUGCUGUAUUAUAGCAGGACUGCUGGGUACAGGAAAUGGCUCCACCUCUUCCAGUCCCAACAUUGGAGUUCUGGGAAUCACUAAGGUGGGAAGCAGGAGGGUAGUACAAUACGGCGCAGCCAUAAUGUUCCUGUUAGGAACUGUGGGGAAAUUCACUGCCCUCUUUGCAUCGCUGCCUGACCCCAUUCUAGGUGGCAUGUUCUGCACCUUGUUCGGUAUGAUCACAGCUGUGGGCUUGUCCAACCUGCAGAGUGUAGACCUCAACUCCUCUAGGAAUCUCUUUGUCCUCGGCUUCUCCAUGUUCUUUGGCCUAAUGUUGCCCAAUUACCUAGACAUGCAUCCCGGCUGCAUCCAAACAGGAGUUGCAGAGGUGGAUCAAAUCCUUACAGUGCUCCUGACCACGGAGAUGUUUGUCGGAGGCUUCCUGGCGUUUGCUCUGGAUAACACCAUCCCAGGCACCAGGAGGGAGAGAGGGCUGCUGGACUGGAAGGCAGAUGAGAGCAGGGGGGAAAGCUCAGCGAAUAUGUGUACUUAUGACUUCCCUAUUGGAAUGAGCUGCGUUAGGAAAGUCAGCUUCCUGCGCUAUCUACCCAUCUGCCCCAGCUUCCAAGGCUUCAUGCGAUGCAGACGGAAGGACAGCGUGCAGGAAAACAUGGAGGAUGAAUUAAGAGAGAGGCAUGAGAGUUUACGCAUGGACACAACAAUUACCUUGGCCUGCACCAAAGUAUAGGAACCCUGCAAUGAUUCAUCUUUAAGAUCAUUUCAUACAGCUGUAUUUUUCACAGCUAUUUCUUGUUUUUGGACACUUACAGUUGUAAUCGAAAAAUGCACUGUCUGCAAUGAUGUUGCAUUUUUGAAACUGGAAUGUUAGCACAUUCCUCACCACAUUGAUUUGGGAGGUUUGUCUACUGUCCACUACCACCUUACAGCAUUCUGUUUCUAAGUUGAAGAACAAAGAGUCAUAUAUUCAGAUGCAUACUGACCUUAUACUUGUGUGUAGACUGUAUUGAAGAAGCAGAGACAACAUUAACAGGGUUUAUUUAGUAAGUCUUUAUAGUGUACAAAAUUAUAAGUAAUGAUAGUGUAUCUCAUCUGAUGAUCUGAACUCAAACAUUUAUUCAAAAACAUUUAUGAUAUAAAACUAAAGUAUAAUUAAGGAAAGCAUUCCUACUUUUGACUGUCAAAUGUUUGUUUACAUUAUUAAGUGUUAGAAUAACAUGUUAAACAGACCAAUGAGAGUAGAGACGUCUAGAGACGGAUUUGACAAAGUGCCAGAAGAAAGAAAUCCCACAGGCUUCUAUGUCAAGUCAACAUGGUAAUUGUACUGUACUAUUAACUGAGCGACUGUACUAUUAUCUGAGAGACUGAACCAGGAAACGACACUGUACUAUUAACUGAGAGAGACUGAACCAUGAAACGACACUGUACUAUUAACUGAGAGAGACUGAACCAUGAAACAACACUGUACUAUUAACUGAGAGACUGAACCAUGAAAUGACACUGUACUAUUAACUGAGAGACUGAACCAUGAAAUGACACUGUACUAUUAACUGAGAGACUGAACCAUGAAACGACACUGUACUAUUAACUGAGAGAGACUGAACCAUGAAACAACACUGUACUAUUAACUGAGAGAGACUGAACCAUGAAACGACACUGUACUAUUAACUGAGCGACUGAACCAUGAAACGACACCGUACUAUUAACUGAGAGAGACUGAACCAUGAAACAACACUGUACUAUUAACUGAGAGAGACUGAACCAUGAAAUGACACUGUACUAUUAACUGAGAGACUGAACCAUGAAACGACACCGUACUAUUAACUGAGAGACUGAACCAUGAAACGACACUGUACUAUUAACUGAGAGACUGAACCAUGAAACGACACUGUACUAUUAACUGAGAGACUGAACCAGGAAACGACACUGUACUAUUAACUGAGAGACUGAACCAUGAAACAACACUGUACAGAUUGGAAGACUGUGACACGGGUGUGACCUCUAGAAGUGAUUCUAAAAAGGCGCAAACCAAGAGGCUAGGAUCUAUUGAUCUAUCAAGGAAGCACAGGAUCCGUAUCUUUAUGACUGUUCAUGAUUGAUUUCACUGUGACAUGAUGGAAAGAUGUUGAAUUUAAAUUUCCCUUCCAUAUUACACUCUGAGCCUUUUUCCCUCAGAGUGUCUGUCAAUAGCGCCCAUUGCAGUCUCCCUGGCGAUUAGUUUGUAAUCUGUCGACAGCUGCCCUCUCGCUUUGUUCAGGUCACGCUCUUCAAGUAAACAAUGGUAAGAUGGAAAAGACAACAAAGCUUAUGCAGGUCAUAGGAAAAAUCUGGUCCUAUCAAACUUUGUUGUUAUUUUUAGAAAACAUUUCACUCAUGUAAAAAAUAUCAACCACUAAAAAUCUAAUUUCUACAUUUCUCCUUUGAAAUGUGGAAAAAUAUAAUCUGUGUUUUUAAGAAUGUGUUGUUCUAUCUAUAUUACACAACUAGACAUGAAAAACAUUACCACCAACAACAAAGAUCAUCAGGUUUCUGCCCACAAAUACACAUUGUCAGUAGGAAGAGGAGGGUUCAUGGAACCAGGGAGAAACACACUGUAUGCAUUUUAGGUAUGCAAAACAACACAUACAGUGCUUUCAGAAAGUAUUCAUACCCUAUUGACUUAUUCCACUUUUUGUUGUGAUACAGUCUGAAUUGAAAAUGUAUUAAAUGUAGAUUUUUUUUCACUGACCUACACACAAUACCCCAUAGUAUCAAAGUGGAAUUAUGUUUCUCGAAAUUUUUACAAAUUAAUAGAAAUAAAAAAAUGCUGAAAUGUC